GCGCUCUCUUCUCUCUCUCUCUCACUGUAAAGUCAUGUCCGCUUCUUCUUCCUGCAGCGGUCGAACCAGGCGGGGGUAGAGGGGAACUUCCAUGGAGGGGAAGAAGAGAAGGGUGGCCUUCGUGUUGAUCGAUGGGCUCGGAGACGUCUCCCUCCCCAUGCUGGGUUACAGGACGCCGCUUGAAGCGGCGCGCACUCCGCACAUGGAUGCCAUAGCCUCCGGCGGCAUCAAUGGGUUGAUGGACCCAGUUGAGCCUGGGCUGGGGUGUGGGAGCGACACCGCCCACCUCUCCCUUCUUGGAUAUAAUCCAAGAGUUUAUUACAGAGGCAGGGGAGCGUUUGAGUCGAUGGGUGCCGGCCUGGCGAUGUCUCCUGGUGAUAUUGCAUUCAAGUCAAACUUUGCUACUUUGGAAGAGAGCACUGGAAUAGUGACCAGCAGACGGGCAGACAGGCAUUUUGAGGAAGAAGGACCUGUUCUCUGUGCAGCGCUGGAUAGAAUGAAACUGCCCUCUUUUCCUGAAUAUGAAGUCAGAGUUCGAUAUGCAACAGAGCAUAGGUGUGGAGUGGUUGUUAAAGGACCAAAAUUGAGUGGCAAUAUAUCAGGCACUGAUCCACUGAAAGACAACCGAUUGCUUCUCAAGGCUAUGCCUCUAGAUGAUACAGAGGAAGCGAAGAACACAGCUGCAGUUGUUAAUGAACUAUCCAAGGAAAUGUCACACAUUCUAAUGUCACAUCCGUUGAAUAAAAAACGUGCUUCAGAAGGGAAAAAUAUUGCAAAUGUGGUUCUUCUCAGAGGUUGUGGAAUUCGAAUUGAGGUUCCUGCAUUUCAGCAGAAGCAUGGCAUGUGGCCAUGCAUGGUGGCUCCAACCAAAAUUAUUGCUGGCCUGGGCUUGUCGCUGGACAUUGAUAUCUUGGAAGCACCUGGUGCAACUGGUGAUUAUAGAACUUUGCUGACUUCAAAAGCAACUGCAAUAGCUAAAGCCUUGUCUGCUCCAAUACAGCCACCUCCUUGUAUUUUUAUUCCUGGGGAGGAUGAUCCUAAACCUGGUCGAGUAGACGGCUAUGAUUUUGGGUUCCUUCACAUUAAGGCGAUAGACGAUGCUGGACAUGACAAGGCAAGCUUGUUUAAGGUGAAAGGCUUAGAAGCAGUCGAUAAGGCAAUUGGGCAGCUAGCUUGCCUUCUAUGGAAGGCUGAAAUCACUGGAAAGUUUGAGUACUCGAUUUGCAUAACUGGUGAUCAUUCCACUCCUGUUGAGUAUGGUGAUCACAGCUUUGAACCGGUGCCGUUUGCUCUCUGCCGUCUAAAGGAUUAUGUUGGUGCAGUUGGAGGAGAGGCCACUGUGAUGCACACUUCACUGGAGUCAUUUCCACUUCCAUCUAUAGAAGCCAAUGAAGGUGAAAGGAGAACGGAGGAGAGCAGAGGGAAUGUGCAGAAUAAGUCGUUCAGUGGUGAUACAGUUUGUGAGUUCAAUGAAAUAUCUGCAGCAAGGGGUUGCUUGGGGCGCUUCCAGGGAAGUGAGAUGAUGGGAAUUAUAAAAAAGAGCCUUGAAAUCAAUUGUCAGUGAGCAGUUUCAAAAAUUUUGCGGAUCAAAAGGAGCCUUAAACUUAUUAAAUGUUUGGAGAAUCAACUUUUCCCGUCUGUUUGAAUGAAAUAAUUCCUUUUGUUUCCCAUUUCCAA